AGCAAAGCAAGAACCAACUUCUGUGUUCGUAUCCCUCGUUUUUUUUCCUUCAAACACAUCAACAAAACUCCCAUUAUUAAAUUGAAGAACUACCCCAAAUCGUUUCUAUAAGCCGUAGAUUUUCUGCUUUUCAAGCUUAAACAAUGGUGGCCAUUUCCAAACCCCCACUCGAACAGCUCUUCGUCAAGCCCUGCAAACCAAACAACAACAACUCCCCAAGUUUUCCAACUAUUCCCCUGAUUGACCUCUCCAAAUCUGAAUCAAAACAGCUCCUCGUUAAAGCCUGUCAAGAUUUUGGAUUCUUCAAGGUUGUCAAUCAUGGCGUUCCAAUGAAACUUAUCAGUAAACUUGAAUCAGAAGCCGUUAAGUUCUUCUCCUCUCCUCUUUCUGUCAAACAAAAAGCUGGUCCACCCAAUCCCUUCGGAUAUGGGAACAAACUUCUUGGCCAAAACGGUGAUUUUGGUUGGGUUGAAUAUCUUCUUCUCAACGCCAAACUCGAUUCCGAUAACAAAAAUCCAACCCUCUCCUUUUUUGAAGAACACCCAGAAAAAUUCCAAAGUCUUGUGAAUGAUUACGUGACAGCAGUGAAGAAGAUGGCUUGUGAUAUUCUUGAAUUAUUAGCAGAUGAAUUGAAACUCCAGCAACGAAAUGUAUUUAGCAAACUGUUAAUGGAUGAAGAAAGCGACUCUGUUUUCAGGUUGAAUUACUAUCCGCCAUGCCCAGAGCUUCAAGAACACGAACCGAAAGGAAGGAAACUGAUUGGAUUCGGAGAACACACAGACCCACAAAUCAUUUCGGUUUUGCGAUCCAACAACACUUCGGGUCUGGAAAUAUCAUUGAGAGAUGGGAGUUGGAUGUCUGUUCCUCCUGAUUCAAACUCCUUCUUCAUAAAUGUUGGAGAUUCGUUACAGGUAAUGACAAAUGGAAGAUUCAAGAGUGUGAAGCAUAGAGUGGUGGCAAAUAGCGUGAAAAGUAGGAUGUCAAUGAUUUAUUUUGGAGGACCACCUUUGAGUGAGAAGAUAGCACCAUUGCCUUCACUUAUGGAAAGAGAAGAAGCCAGCUUGUACAAAGAAUUCACUUGGUUUGAAUAUAAAAAAUCAGCUUUUAAUUCAAGAUUGUCUGACAAUAGACUUGGACGUUUUGAAAAAAAAAAUCUUGUAGUCUUGAGUUAAAGAUAACAUAAUCGAUAUUUUGAACCAUUGUUAGUGUUAUAGUAGUCCACAGAUGAAAAAAAAUCCUGGACAAAAAAGUCCGGAUCUACAUCUUUAGAGUGAGGAAGUUACUGUUUUACCCUUGCUUAUGUUUAGCACACAUGGAAAUAUUUUGAUAUGUUAUCAAUAGCCAAAAGGGGUAUAAUAUUGUUAUUUUCUUGAACAUAGUUGACAUGAAAAGAAGGAAUAUGUUACUUUUUAUUUCAUUUUCA